GACACCCCACCCAACACGCCACUCAUCAACACGUUCACCCAUUCUCACUUCAUCUCUCUCUCUCUUCAUCUUCUUCAACUCUCAACAAAACAACUCAAAGUUGCAGACAGAAAUGGAGAACGCUCAAUCCUCUUUCUGGAACUUCAGCGAUCGCCUCCGCCUGCAGCCGGGCUCCUUCUCCAAUCUCUCCCUCAACGACUCCAUCUGGAGCACCAGCUACGCCUCCAAGCGCCCCGCCGACCGGAGAAACUUGGAGGUCAAUUCCUCCUCCGCCGCCGCCGAUUACGCUCUCUUCGCCAACGACGGCUGGAAGGUCGCCGAGACUGUCAGUUCCCUUUCCGGGUCGGGUCACAGCGAAGCGUUCGGAUCCGGGUUGAACGGCGGGUUUAACAAGGGGAUUUACCCUUCCCCCGCCGUGAACUUUAAUUCUUAUAGUAAAGGGAUUAAUGGCAAGAAGGGUGGGAAGUUUGGGUUGGAAGAUGAGCAUGGGCCUGGGAAAUGUGGGAAGAAGAACAAGAAUGUUAACAAAGAAGGAAAUAAUAAUAAUAAUAACAACAAUAUUUCUGACAAGAAUGGAGUUGAUAAGAGGUUCAAGACUUUGCCGCCUUCAGAAGCUCUGCCCAGAAACGAGACUGUUGGAGGAUAUAUUUUUGUCUGCAACAAUGACACCAUGGAAGAAAAUCUCAGAAGGCAGCUAUUUGGCUUGCCACCUCGUUAUCGCGAUUCGGUGAGGCAAAUAACACCAGGAUUGCCUCUUUUCCUCUACAACUACUCAACUCAUCAGCUUCAUGGUAUUUUUGAGGCAGCGAGCUUUGGUGGCACAAACAUUGAUCCUUCGGCCUGGGAGGACAAGAAGAACCCCGGUGAAUCGCGUUUCCCUGCUCAGGUGCGUGUUGUCACGAGAAAAGUGUGUGAACCACUCGAAGAGGAUGCUUUCAGGCCGAUUCUUCACCACUACGACGGACCUAAAUUCCGCCUCGAGUUAAACAUUCCUGAGACCCUAUCUCUUUUGGAUAUUUUCGCGGAGAACAACGCCUAAAGACCGAAUUACAUAACUGAAGAUGACAAGAAAAAGCAUGUCAAACCAAAAAACAAACAGAAGAUUAAAAUUAUGUUUUGCACCAGGUAGAAGAACAGUCUUGUGACAUAUAUAACCAAGACUGAUCUAAGAAGCUUGCCCUGUUGCUGGAAACCUCAAAGUAAUGAUAUGUUUGUGUUGUGUUUUUGUUCUCUCUUUUGGGAGCUUAUAUAAUGUUGUAUAAGUGAUCCUUUUACGUGGCAAUAAUGCCACACAUACAGUACUAAACAUAAUGAAGAAUAAAUGUCCUAUCUCUCGUUUGAUUAUGUUUUGUCUUGAUUAAGAGAGUGCCAUGAUAAUAAGAUACGAGAAUCAUGUUUUAUUUA